UGAACCCCAUUGAAGGAACACAGAGAUCGAUCCAGUCCACCAUAAAUUUCUCUACCUCCUAGCAUGAACACAGUAGCGAUGGAGAUUAAAGUUGAGAUAAUCAAGAGAGAGACAAUAAAACCUUCCACCCCAACUCCCCAUCACCUUAGAUGCUUCGACCUCUGCCUUAUAGAUCAGCUGCAGCCGGAGUCUUACACAUCGUUGGUUCUAUUCUACUCGAACAGCGCCGACUCUCCUCUUCCCUAUGAAGAAAGAAUAUCCCAAAGGCUAAAGGCAUCAUUGGCUGAAACACUGACUCGUUUCUACCCACUGGCUGGAAAAAUCAAAGAUCAUGUCUCAAUCGAGUGUAACGACGAUGGAGCUGAUUAUUUCGAAGCUCGAGUAUAUUGCCGUCUCUCUGACAUUCUUGAACGACCUGAACAGAAAAUGGUGCGCCGGUUUCUUCCUAAAGAAAUCCUAUCCCGGCAAGGCACGGGAAAACUGGUGGUAGUUCAAGCUAGCAUCUUUGAAUGUGGAGGAAUGGCCCUUGGGGUGUGCAUUUCCCACAGGUUAGCCGACGCAUCCACGACUAGUAUGUUCAUCCACGGCUGGGCUUGCACGGCUCUUGGGUCCGGCCCCGAGGCGGUGCCACCGGAAUUUGGUGCGGCAUCUCGCUUACCACCGAGAAGAGAGUUCUCCCCCACGCCGCCGGCCACGCACUUGGUGGUAGAGAAGAGCGCUACAAGGAGGUACGUGUUUGAUGCUUCAAAGAUUACAGCUCUCAAGGCGAAAGCCGCCAGCGCCAGCGUUCAGAAACCCACGCGCGUUGAAGCCGUGUCAGCGCUCAUUUGGAGAUGCGCGACGACCGUCUCAGGAUCAAAAUAUGGGUCUCUGAGGCCAUCUAAGCUGAUCCAAAUGAUAAACAUUCGCAAAAGGCUUGUACCGCCCUCGCCGGAAAAUUGUUUUGGGAAUCUUGUGUGGAGUUUUGAGGCACAAACGGGCGACUGCAGUGACAUAGAGUUGCACAGCUUGGCUGGUGAGCUAAGGAAAGGGAUAGAAGGUUUUACUGAGAAUUAUGCAACAAAAUUUCAAGGGGAUGAGGCUUUUUCAGUGGUUUCUAAGGCUUAUAAAGAGAUUGAUAAGCUUUACACAACGGAGGUUAUAAAGUUCUUUUGUUUUUCGAGCUGGUGCAGAUUUCCAUUUUAUGAAGCUGAUUUUGGGUGGGGAAAGCCGACAUGGGUGAGCAUGGGUAAUAUGGAGAGCAAGAAUGUUAUUGUGUUGAUGGAUACGAGAGAUGGCAGCGGAAUAGAAGCUUGGGUGUGUCUUAGUGAAGAGGAUAUGGCGUUAUUUGAACGUGACAGCGAGCUGCUUGAAUUUGCAUCCUUGAAUCCAAGUGUUCAGAAUUAAAUUAUAAUUUUAUUUCAUCUUCUCUGGAGGACAACUAAUUAAUCUGCAAAUUAAUUGCUAUGGAUUAUGAUCCAAAUUUCUGUUCUAGGAGUACUUUUAAAAUAUUUGAAAUGGAAAGUUUAAUUUUAAGAGUGAAAA